CGUGGUUUAAGAAACGCAUAGCCGACGGGCUGCGCCGCUGCGGGACGCCGCCGCUUUAAGGAAAUGCACUUGCAGCCAUUUUCUGCUCUUUGUGUCAAAGGAGGCUGGCGGACGGUCAUUAUAAAAGCCGAGCAUCAGUGUGAAGUUAAAGAAAAGGGGCGAUCGCAGCACCGGUGUGUCCGUCGGCAGCCGCUUUGACGGGCAUGCGAGUUGGAGACUGAUCUCUGGUGGUGUGACUGAAGCAGUGUUGCCAUGACGACCCACGUGACUCUGGAGGAUGCCCUGUCCAAUGUGGACCUGCUGGAGGAGCUUCCGCUCCCAGACCAGCAGCCCUGCAUCGAGCCCCCGCCGUCUUCCAUCAUGUACCAGGCUAACUUUGAUACUAACUUUGAGGACAGAAAUGCCUUUGUCACGGGGAUCGCUCGGUACAUCGAACAGGCCACAGUCCACUCGAGCAUGAACGAGAUGCUUGAGGAAGGCCAUGAGUAUGCUGUCAUGCUUUAUACCUGGAGAAGCUGCUCCAGAGCCAUUCCACAGGUGAAGUGCAAUGAGCAACCCAACCGAGUAGAGAUAUAUGAGAAGACCGUAGAGGUCCUAGAGCCGGAGGUCACUAAACUCAUGAAGUUCAUGUACUUCCAGCGGAAGGCCAUCGAGCGCUUCUGCAGCGAGGUCAAGCGGCUGUGCCAUGCAGAGCGAAGGAAGGACUUUGUGUCCGAGGCGUACCUUCUCACGCUCGGAAAGUUCAUCAACAUGUUCGCCGUGCUGGACGAGCUGAAGAACAUGAAGUGCAGCGUAAAGAAUGACCAUUCGGCCUACAAGAGGGCUGCCCAGUUCCUGAGAAAGAUGGCGGAUCCGCAGUCCAUUCAGGAGUCCCAGAAUCUCUCCAUGUUCCUGGCCAACCACAACAGGAUAACUCAGUGUCUCCACCAGCAGCUCGAAGUAAUACCAGGCUACGAGGAACUCUUGGCUGACAUCAUCAACAUCAGUGUAGACUACUAUGAGAAUAAGAUGUACCUCACACCUAGUGAGAAGCACAUGCUGCUGAAGGUCAUGGGCUUCGGCCUCUACCUGAUGGAUGGGAACGUCAGCAACAUCUACAAGCUGGAUGCCAAGAAAAGAAUAAACCUGAGCAAGAUUGACAAGUUCUUUAAGCAGCUUCAAGUUGUCCCCCUUUUCGGGGACAUGCAGAUUGAGCUGUCCCGGUACAUCGAGACCAGUGCCCACUAUGAGGAGAACAAGUCCAGGUGGACAUGCACUCAGAGCAGCAUCAGUCCCCAGUAUAACCUGUGUGAGCAGAUGGUCCACAUCAGAGAGGACCACAUCCGAUUCAUCUCAGAGCUAGCCCGCUACAGCAACAGUGAGGUGGUGACCGGGUCAGGCCUUGACAGCCAGAAGUCAGAUGAGGAGUACAAGGAGCUCUUUGACCUGGCACUCAGGGGCCUACAGCUACUGUCCAAGUGGAGCACCCACGUCAUGGAGGUGUACUCUUGGAAACUAGUACAUCCCACUGACAAGUUUUGCAACAAGGACUGCCCUGGGACGGCGGAGGAGUAUGAGAGAGCCACACGCUAUAACUACACCAGCGAGGAGAAGUUCGCCCUGGUAGAAGUCAUCGCCAUGAUCAAGGGUCUGCAGGUCUUGAUGGGCCGAAUGGAGAGCGUGUUCAACCAGGCUAUCCGGAUUAGCAUCUAUGCUGCGCUGCAAGACUUUGCUCAGGUGAUCUUGAGGGAGCCGCUGCGGCAGGCAGUGCGGAAGAAGAAGAACGUCCUGAUCAGUGUCCUCCAGGCAAUUCGGAAGACCAUAUGUGACUGGGAGGGGGCAAGGGAGCCGCCCAACGACCCCUGUCUACGAGGGGAGAAGGACCCCAAGGGGGGCUUUGACAUCAAAGUGCCCCGGCGAGCUGUGGGACCCUCCAGCACCCAGCUGUACAUGGUGCGCACUAUGCUGGAGUCCCUGAUCGCAGACAAGAGUGGCUCCAAGAAGACGCUCCGCAGCAGCCUGGACGGCCCCAUAGUCAUGGCCAUCGAGGACUUCCACAAGCAGUCUUUCUUCUUCACCCACCUGCUCAACUUCAGUGAGACCCUACAGCAGUGCUGUGAUCUCUCCCAGCUCUGGUUCCGUGAGUUCUUCCUGGAACUGACCAUGGGCCGUAGGAUCCAGUUCCCCAUCGAGAUGUCCAUGCCCUGGAUCCUCACAGACCACAUCCUGGAGACCAAGGAGCCUUCCAUGAUGGAGUAUGUACUGUACCCGCUGGAUCUGUACAAUGACAGCGGUUACUACGCUCUGACAAAGUUCAAGAAACAGUUUCUGUAUGAUGAAAUUGAAGCUGAGGUGAAUCUGUGUUUUGACCAAUUUGUGUACAAGCUAGCAGAUCAAAUUUUUGCCUACUACAAAGCGAUGGCCGGAAGUGUUCUGCUAGAUAAACGUUUCCGAGCAGAGUGCAAGAACUACGGCGUGAUCAUUCCGUAUCCACCCUCCAACCGCUACGAGACGCUGCUCAAGCAGAGGCAUGUGCAGCUUCUGGGCCGCUCCAUUGACCUGAACCGACUCAUUACCCAGAGGAUCUCAGCUGCUAUGUACAAGUCACUGGACCAGGCCAUCAGCCGCUUCGAAAGCGAGGACCUCACCUCUAUAGUGGAGCUGGAGUGGUUGAUGGAGGUGAACCGACUGACACAUCGGCUCCUGUCCAAACACAUGACCCUGGACAGUUUUGACGCUAUGUUUCGUGAGGCCAAUCACAACGUCUCUGCUCCCUAUGGCCGGAUAACACUUCACGUCUUUUGGGAACUCAACUUCGACUUCCUGCCCAACUACUGCUACAAUGGGUCUACCAACAGAUUCGUUCGGACAGCCAUUCCCUUCACCCAAGAGCCACAGAGGGACAAACCAGCCAACGUCCAGCCAUACUAUCUGUACGGGUCCAAGCCACUGAACAUUGCUUACACCCACAUCUACAGCUCCUACAGGAACUUUGUUGGCCCUCCUCACUUCAAGACCAUCUGCCGCCUCCUUGGUUACCAGGGCAUCGCCGUGGUAAUGGAGGAACUGUUGAAGAUUGUGAAGAGCCUGCUGCAGGGCACCAUUCUGCAGUACGUGAAAACUUUGAUUGAGGUCAUGCCCAAGAUCUGCCGGCUUCCUCGCCACGAGUACGGCUCCCCUGGCAUCCUGGAGUUCUUCCACCACCAGCUGAAGGACAUCAUCGAGUACGCCGAGCUGAAGACGGACGUGUUCCAGAGCCUCAGGGAGGUUGGGAAUGCCAUCCUGUUCUGUUUGCUGAUUGAGCAAGCUCUGUCCCAGGAAGAAGUGUGUGACUUACUGCACGCCGCGCCCUUUCAGAACAUCCUGCCCAGGGUCUACAUUAAAGAGGGGGAGCGUCUGGAGGUGAGGAUGAAGAGGCUGGAGGCAAAAUACGCCCCCCUUCAUUUGGUACCUCUGAUCGAGAGGCUGGGAACCCCACAGCAAAUCGCCAUCGCCCGCGAGGGGGACCUGCUCACCAAAGAACGCCUGUGCUGUGGCCUCUCCAUGUUCGAGGUGAUCCUGACCCGCGUGCGCAGCUACCUUCAAGACGCCGUGUGGCGCGGCCCGCCCCCCACCAACGGCGUCAUGCACGUGGACGAGUGUGUCGAGUUCCACCGCCUCUGGAGCGCCAUGCAGUUCGUCUACUGCAUCCCCGUGGGCACCAACGAAUUCACUGCCGAGCAGUGUUUUGGGGACGGGCUGAAUUGGGCCGGCUGCUCCCUCGUGGUGCUGCUUGGACAACAGCGGCGCUUUGAUCUCUUCGACUUCUGCUACCACCUGCUGAAGGUGCAGCGGCAGGACGGCAAGGAUGAGAUCAUCAAGAACGUGCCCCUGAAGAAGAUGGCAGACCGCAUCAGAAAGUACCAGAUUCUGAACAACGAGAUUUUUGCCAUCCUCAACAAGUACAUGAAGGCUGUUGAGACAGACAGUUCGACAGUGGAGCAUGUCCGCUGUUUCCAGCCCCCUAUACACCAAUCCCUGGCUACCACCUGUUAAGCCCCACCCCCUUCCCAGCCCUGAGCUUCCCCGCCCAUCAUUGCACUGGAUCAGAACAUUCUGUCUGCCCGGUUUCAGAGGUUUUGGCGCUUUUCUGUUUUGGAGGGGUUGAUGCAGGCUGGCAUCCCUGUCCUUAAGUGAGAAGUCCAGUCUUGUGUUCUUCAGGGAAUGGGGAAUGGUCCAUUUUGUGACCAUGCAAAAAAUGGGUAAAAAUGGUUUACACCUUUGCAUAUACAACCAAACAUGAGCUGAAAAAACCCCAUGAGCCGAUUAAUGGAAUUUUCCAAAAAAAACAAAAAAAAAACAGAUUAGAUUAUAAGAGUAAGAAAGCUAAUUUUAAAAUAUAUGGAUUGAUUUGGUUGCUUAAUAUAUUUUUUGGUCAUGUUGCAGACACUGGAUUACAUUUGUGUGUUGGCUUGUUUAAAAUGACUUUUUUUGUAAAUAUGAAAAGUGUUUUUUAUGGUUUUACAGAGCAUAAGUGGGACAUUAAGAAACUAAAUGAAUUUCUCGCAGCGCUUACAGUUGAGUGUGAUGAGCCGCCUGCACUGCUCACCAGUGUCCUCUUUCGUUUAGCUGAAACUUUCGGCUCAACAGAAUAUUGUACUUGAGUAAUUCAGAUGACGUCCCUUAUCAGAGACCUGAAAUAACAUGUGAGGUUACAAAACUAAAGAUUAUAUACAAAAAUGAUAUAUUGUAUCAUUUAAGCAAGUUAUCCAGUGAUUAUAUAGAGAUCCCCCCCCCACGCCUCUCUCGCCACUCCAGCUGUUACACCCCCUGAUUUCUCUCUCUGACCAGCCUCCCCCCUCGCUUUAAACUCCAGGCUGUAUUUGUUUUUAUUCUUCUACCGAUAGAAGCAACAUGCAUUUUCUUUGGAAUGACACAACUGGGACGUAAAUGUAAUAUUUUAUUUCAUGAAAGCAACUGGUACAUAUAUAAUAAAUCCAGUAAUCAAUAUGUAUGCUUACAAAAAAGAAAAUAAUAGAUGUUAUUUAUAUUUACUGUAUUUGCAAUAGAGAUUUCUUUUGUAAAAAAUACAUUAAAUCUGAUUUAAAAUAUCUAUGAAAUGGAAGAAAUAUGAAAUGAUAGAAAGGAGAAACUGAAAGUGUAUUUCCGGUCUGCCGCUUUAAAUUAUUCAAUUUUUUUGGAUUUCUUGUGAUUGUAAUUGCUGUUGUAAAUUUCACAGGAAUUUUCCUAAGAGCAUCAACAUAUUUCUUUCUCAAUAUAGUUUGUUUACUGUACAUCCACUGUGCCCUAUAUUCUGGUUUGUGCAAGAACUGUCAUUCUUUUCUAGACAAGCCCUUAACUUUGCUCGUAAACAGUUUUUAUAUGUUUUUAUGGUGGCAAAAUAUUGUCAAUGUUAAGCCUCUCAUUUCCGAGAGAGCUUCCCGACAGAUAAAAAUGUACUCACAUAUCAGUAAUAAAAUACACAGAAAUAUCUGGUAUUAGCUGCUGAGCACAUUAGAUAUAAAUUAAUUGAACUAAAGAAUGAUUAGUGGAACCAUUCUGUCCAUUUCACGGAGUAUUAUGCAGAUAAUUUGCUUUACUUAUUUUUUUAAAUUGAAAGGUAUGUCAGUAUUAAGCAUUUAUUGUUUACUUUGGCGGUGUUACCAAAACACGUGGAUAUUUUUAAUAUAACGUUCCAAAGAAACUAUAGUUUAUAUAUAUGCUUCAACAAGCUGACAGGAAUUGAAAUGAAAUGCAUGGCAGCUGUUGUGAAAUUAUUUUUUUCCCUCCUAAUUUUACCUAUUUUGUUAGUGGUAAUUAGAAAUAUGUACUGUUUUUACAGUGAUUUUUCCAAAGUAUUUUUUCCAUCUUUCCUUAGAUUAUUUAUUAAAAUUAGUAAUACUUCUGUUCCUAAAAAGCACUAUUGUUACUUAAAGAAACAGAAAGUGAUACAAAUAAAAAUAUAUAAUAAUAACUUUGAAGAACUUAGCAUGACAGGUGCAAUCUGUUGUCCUGACACUGUUUGUGACAUAGUUUUGUUCAUGAUAUUGUACACAAGUCAUAAUGUUUAAAAAUAACAACUGAUCCAGUGAGGGAGUUUAAAUAUUGUAUUUUAAAUAAAAAAAAAAACAAUGAA